AUUGAGUCCUUGCCUUCCCUGCGACUUCUCUUGUCUCAUCGGUCCAAGCUGAGGUUAGCAAGGUACCAAUUGGCAACUGUAGCAGGUUCCAGUUCCAGUUGCAAAUGCUAACGGAUACUUGACUUGCCGGUUUAUGCUUUGAAUUUGUCAUUGCCGGUUGACUCGGAAGAAUGAAAAUUUCGUCAACACCACGAUCUGGCGACGUAGACUUGGACUUGAAUUCAAUCAUUAUCUUCACCCUCAUCGCCGUCGUGACUUGACAGUCGACCACUACUUACUGAUACAGUACUGUACACUCGCUUCGCUGCUCAGUCAGUACCCGCCAGAGGAGUUCACACCAAGACAAAACCAACCAAACUCCGCCACCCCACUCCAUCUCCGCCUCAGUCUGACAGUGAUAGUCAUAGAGUCGGGUCUUAACCAAGCUAACGUUAGUCGACCACAGACUUGACCUGGUCUGGGAGCUUUUUAGCGCACCGGCGCCUCCAAAAUCGCCCACCUCGGCUUCUUCCUUCUCGACUCCGUCUCCUUGCUCCUUGUCUGAAUUAUCAUACCUUAAUAACUAUUAGUGAUCCGUGGGCUCCGAUCUACGAUUUACCCCAACCAACAAAAUAUUCUUCACUCCACAGCUCCGGCUUCAGCUCCAGCUCCAGCUCCCACUCUCCGUAUCGCACAGAUGAUCUCACCGUGACUGAGACUCUCACAGCCCAGCCUAUCGCAUUAUAAGGGUUGCUUGUCGCAUUCCAACUCUCGUGUCGCAAGGCGACGACUCAUUGCCGCUGAAUUGAACCACGGGACCGCCGCUUUGCGAACCUCGAAACGCGAUACUCCCACUUCAACCGACUAUUUUAGUCAGGAAACCCUUUCACUUCGAACAAGAUGGACCAUAUGGGCUUUCAGGUCCCGGGCAUGGCCCCGCCGAUCAUGAAUCAUCCGCCGCAGGUUUUUGGUGGUUACGAUGGCAUACCGCAGUUGCCCCCAGAGAUUGCUGCGCAGAUGUUCAAUGACUCGGCUAUGUUGCUUGAAGAUGCAAAUGACCCCAAGAGAAGGAGAAUCGCUAGGGUAUGGGACCUAGGAUAGAUCCCGGCGCAGCCGGCUUAAGAGUAUUGUGUGCUGAUCGGAACUCCAACAGGCCUGUGAUAUGUGCCGGAAGAAAAAGAUCAAGUGUGACGGCAAGAUGCCUUCUUGUACUCACUGUAUCAACUAUAAGACCGAGUGUGUCUUCACGCAAGUUGAGAAGAAGCGUGCUCCUCCUAAAGGUGCCAAGUACAUCGAGGGACUUGAGAACCGGCUGAACCGUAUGGAGCAUCUUUUGAGACUUUCUGGCCUCCUUGACGAAGAUGAUGAUGACCUUGGCGCGUUAGAGAAAAGGUUACUGGAACGACAAGAGAAGUCGAGACAGGUGUCAAUGCCUGCGGCAUCCAACCCUAACUCACCAUCUCAAUCGACAUCCGGCCCAUCGGCUGCUGCAGACGGGGGCGAGAUGACCCCUCAAAGCUCACUUACCUCGCCCAAGGAUGAUAAACGCAAAUCAGCAACACCAGCUCCGUCGACAGCUCCAUCAACAGCUCCGGCACCAGCUGCGAAUGUGGGAGAGAUCAAACAGGAAGAUCAGGAAGAAGUGGAGGCUCUUUCAGAGUUGAUGUGUUCUUUAGUAACAAAUAAUUUUGGAGAGACCAGAUACAUUGGGUCGUCAUCUGGCUUCUCCAUAUUUUCACCAAAGGGAGUUUCGUGGGUGAAUUCGAAAACAGGGGAUGAUUCUUUUCAACGGACCAUAUCGGAUAUAUCUGUCGAUGACCACAAAUGGACUAAUUGGAAACCUGAAGUCUUUGGCGACCUAUUCCAACGACCCAUUUUCCGGCCUUUGCCUCCCAAGCCUGAGGCACUUUCACUUCUCCAGGACUUCUUCGACAACUUCAAUUGCAUCUUCCCUCUAUUUCAUCGGCCGACAUUCAUGCACCUAGUACACCUUCAAUACUCAUCAGACCCUUACCAAGGCUCUGGAUGGUGGGCCAGUCUCAACUGUGCGCUCGCGAUUGCCCAUCGUUUGCGAGUCAUGAGCAAUCUGGUGCCACAGGAUGAGGACGAAAAGGCAUGGGGUCACCUGAAGAAUGCCAUCGGAGUGUUUCCCGAGCUGACUAUGCGCAACACCGAUUUGUUGAGUGUCCAAGCCCUUCUUGGCAUGGCUUUGUUCUUACAAGGAACGCCAAACCCUCAGCCCACUUUGCUGCUGGUCUCAGCAGCCAUGCGCCUGGCGCACAGUAUCGGUCUCCAUAAGCGCGGGACGGGAUUCAACCUGAACCCCAUAGAGAUCGAGCAACGGAAGAGAGUCUUCUGGAUCGCGUAUAUGCUAGACAAAGAUCUCUGCCUCCGAGCCGGUCGUCCACCUGCCCAGGACGAUGAUGACAUGAACGUUGAGCUUCCGGAUGCUGACCCGGAGGACAACAUUGGCAAUAUCCCCUUGGCAGAUGGCAAGGGUAAGAUGAAUCUCUUCCGGGCUAUGUGUGAGUUUGCCACUAUCGAGAGUGAAGUCUAUAAGAGGCUGUACUCUGUUCAAGCUACAAAGCAAUCAGAUGGUGAGCUACUCCACACCAUUGGCGAGCUGGAUCACAAGUUGGAAGAAUGGAAGGAUCGCAUCCCGAUUGACUAUCGGCCCGAGCACGACAUCAAUGCCUCGCACACUCCUCUGAUUCUUCACGUUGUCAUGUUGCAUCUUACCUAUUAUAACUGCCUGACAACCAUCCAUCGCAUGUCAGUUGCCCAUGGACUCUGGACCAGUCGGCUGGCCAAUUAUGCCAUUCAAGGUCUGAAUGCCCGACCACUAAACCCGCGGGUGUUUUCCUCUGCAGCACUAUGCACGGCUGCAGCACGAGCUUCUGUCUCGUUGCUAAAAUAUGUGCCCCAAGGCGAUUUUGCCUGCGUUUGGAUGAUUCUCUAUUUUCCUGUUUCUGCACUGGUGACGCUGUUUGGAAAUAUCUUACAGAACCCACUCGAUCCCCGAGCAAAGUCAGACACCCGACUCAUGAACAUUGUGGUCACCUUCCUCUCCAUGCUUGGACAGGAGGCUGAACAGGGCGGUGUGCAUCGAAUGCUCGGUAUAUGUGCCGAGUUUGAGCGUAUAGCAAAGGCUGUAAUCGACAAGGCUGAAAAGGAACAGUCUUCUCGACGCAAGCGUAAGAACCAGGAUACAAAUAAAUCAUCUGCCAACGCUACUACGGCCACGGCUCGACAGUCGAGCACUGCAGAAUCAGCAACAACUACCUCAGUGUCUUCUAAUUCUCAGAGAAGAUCAUCACAAGCCCAGUUAUCGCCUCCCCAGAACGGUGCCUCAAUGGGACAGUUCUCCAUGGGUAGUCCAAUGAACGACCCUUCUCCUUCAGCAAUGUCAGCUGGCUGGCCUCAAGAGUUCCCGGUGCCUCAGUCGGGCGACUUUGACUCAAUGAAUUAUGGCGACACAAACAUGAAUUCAUCUCCGCAGAUUCCAAUGGCGGCAUUCCAGCAGCCCCUUCUUCCGCAAGACCUGUUCUCUCUGCCAAUGACACUAGAUUGGAGCUGGGCUGAGAUGACUACUGGCGCAUACCCAACAGUUGAGAACGGCAACUUUGGAGAGGACUGUAACAAUUGUUAAAGGAUAUGAGAGUAGUGGGUGGCAAUGCAUUUUGAGAUGCAUGUAUAUCAUGUUGUGAGAGGAUGUAAUGGCUGGAUAUAAUGAGAUAUGCGCAAUGAUACUACAUACAAGGCUUGGAAGAUGAGCGAGUAUCGGUUUUUCCCCCUUUCAAGUAACUACCUAGAUCUGUUUCUUUUUAUUUGCGCGGGAUACAUACGAAUAUUAGCAAGCGAUAAGUGUUGAUGGUCAAAUAUCUUUCCGUACGGUCAACCUGAUGAAACACGACCUCCCUGCUUGAAGUUUGGCUCGUCCUCCUCACUCCCGUCGCCCUCUAGGCUGAGGUCUUCUUCCUUGUUAUCGCCCUCUGCAUCGUAACUGAAGAUAUUUGUACGGAGUAUGUGAUCUGGGUUUUGCUCCUCUCGGAGAGUGGUCUUUUGGAGUUUUCUUCCUCUUCUUUUUUAGUGUUGAUGAUGGAUGAGGCCCCAAUCUGUACCAAGAUGAGCGUUGAUUGCUGCUAUAUUGGGGCCUGGGUGUAAACUUUGCUACCUCUUCCUCUUUUCCUGAAUCUCGCCUUUGAUGUAGCUGUUCAGCUGUUUGAGGUCUUCUUUAAAUAAAGCCCCAAGGUAACGCCGUGGCUGUAUCUGUUUUGUCGAAGGCAUGUUGUCAGCUGGGAGGCCAUCGGCGAUGUUAGUGGCAAUGCGAAGAAGUGAUCCUUUUGCCUCUGUCUGUUUUUUUUGUAACAAAGCCAAUCCCAUGAACGCGAGUCUUCUUUUGCUUUUAUGCCUGGCGUAUCGAAGGAGAUGUUGUCCCUCUGUAGUCCAGGCCUCGAUCCCGAUGAUAGAAAAUGGCUCGGCCUGAGUGCUGGCUCUCAUUUCGUGAUAUCGGAUUGGUGGCAGUUGCAGGAUCUCCUUGGGUCUCCCGGCUGUCAUCGACGCCAGAAUCAUCUUCAAGAUCGCUGAUUCUUUCUUACUGGGCGUGUCCGACUGACUAGAAGCAGGGCUGUCGACAAGCUCGCUGUGGUGUUUGAGGUUCACAAAUGGGACUCCAUUAGGGAGUAGCAUAAGCUGACCAGCGAUGUCACACCAUGUGUUGAAAACCGGUGCUCCGGUGAGCAUGAAUGCAUGCCCGUACUUCUAUCAACGAAUGGCUUGGUUGAGUUGCGUAUUCUCCUUCUUUGCCGCAUGUCAUUCGUCGAUGAUCAUAGUUGAUAUCAUCUUGCCUUCUUGCUCGUAGAGGCCAGAGUGUAGAGGCAGAUGCGGAAAAUCGAUAACGAUGCUCAUCGUGGCGUCGGGCAACCUCUAGUCCACGAAGGUGAGCUAGCGACCGAUGGAGUUUUUA